AUGGUCCAAUUGAAGAAAAUACACCCCACGAUCAAAUACGGAAAGAACCUUAUCCGCUUCCCAAGGAAUUCGAAUGGUGUACGAUUGAUCUUAACAAUGAGUCCGAGCUAAACGAGCUCUACACACUCUUGACAAAUAACUAUGUUGAAGACGAAGAUGCAAUGUUCCGAUUCGAUUAUUCGGCAAAGUUUCUGAAAUGGGCACUGCAACCACCAGGCUACAAAAAAACAUGGCAUUGUGGUGUUCGUGUAACAUCCAACAAAAAACUCGUGGCCUUCAUUAGUGGAACUCCAGCAGACAUCCGCAUAUACAAAUCAACGCAGCAUCUGGUCGAGAUAAACUUCCUUUGCGUUCAUAAGAAGCUACGAAGCAAGCGAUUGGCACCAGUGCUGAUCAAAGAGAUUACUCGUCGAAGCCAUCUCCAGGGAAUCUUUCAAGCUGUUUAUACAGCCGGUAUUGUACUGCCCAAACCUAUUUGUAGCGCACGUUACUUUCACCGUAAUUUGAAUCCGAAGAAACUUAUCGAGACCAACUUCUCCCGUCUUCCUCCGAACAUGACUAUGUCGCGUAUCAUCAAGAAAUUUAAACUUCCAGCUGAAACUGCUACGCCCGGGUUGCGACCGAUGAAAUCAAAAGAUGCGCCCGCAAUUAGGAAAUUGCUCAAUGAGUAUAUGAACAAGUUUAACUUUGUUCCAGUCUUCAAGUCGGAUGAAGAAGUUAGACAUUGGCUUCUACCAAAAGAAGGUGUCAUUUGGUCAUACGUCGUUGAGGAUUCUGCUACGAAAACGUUGACAGACUUUUUUUCUUUUUACUUUCUGCCGUCAACGGUAAUCGGUCACGCAGUACAUAAAACCAUUAAUGCUGUAUAUCUGUAUUACUACGCAGUAAAGGAGACUGAAGAGAAGGCUGUCAAAGGACGACUCCAGGCACUUAUCAAGGAUGCCUUGAUUUUGGCAAAACAGCAAAAUAUCGAUGUGUUCAAUUGUCUAGAUAUCAUGGAAAAUAAUCUGUUUAUCGAACCUUUGAAAUUUGGUGCAGGAGAUGGCACGUUAAAUUAUUACAUGUAUAAUUGGAAAUGCAAAAAUAUGGAUAGCAGUAAAUUGG